AUGGUGUCCAAUGGCUUCGACUGCUGUGCUUCCUCAAGAACCGAGAAGGCGAAGGAGAGCACCUUUGACAAGCUGCUCCUGGACGGCUUCUCCCGGGUGGCGAGCAAGGGCCUGCUGCGCUCACAAACUUCCAGCCUCACGCGACGAACUGUGGAGGGCAACCUCGGAUUGGUUCUCCAGCACUCCCCGGACCACUUUGCAAACAAGCGGAAAAGCAGUGGUCAUAAGGAUGUCGUGAUGCCUGUUGAUCCAGAGGUAUUCAACUUCAACAAAGUCGCCAAAGAAGAGAUUGUUGGGGUGGUCGAGGACGCCGCCGGGUUUGCCGUGACCGUCAUCCCUUGCGGCUCGCCCUUGGCCAUCGGCCAUAUGUUGCUGGUGCCGCGUCGGGACGUGGUGGCUCCGCAGGUCAUGACGACGGAGUUCCUCCGUUGCGGGCUGGACCUCAUGGCCAGAACCAUCAGAAAAGAUUUCCGGCUUCUCUUCAACUCCCUGCUGGGACUUGCUUCAGUGAACCAUUUCCACUACCACGGCAUGUACCUCGACUACUGCGGCUUCGCCUCCGGCUCCAGGCAGUUCCCCGUGGAGCGCGUGGAGCGCUCCACCGUGGGCGGCGGCCGCACCGAGGGCAAGGUCUGCGUCGAGCUCCUGGCAGAGUCUCAGUGGUACUGCCGGGGGCUGGUGGUCACCGCUGGAUGCAAGGUAGGCAUGGCUGGCGAGCCUCCCCCGGGAGACAUCGAGGCCUUGGCGACUUUUGCAGGGAACAUCAUCGGACUCUUGCAGUCAAGGAACGUUCCCCACAAUGUCAUGAUUGCUCCAUACCAGGGUGAACGAAAGCCGAGGCAGAACGAGGACAUCUUUGCAGAAGAAACCUGGCAGCCGCUUGCCGCAUCGCCUGAGGUGUACAUCUUUCCGAGAAAGCCGGAGGACGAAUGCCGAGAGGAUGGCGGCUUCAAUGCCGCCAUCUGCGAGAUUUCGGGGCUGAUCACAUGUCACAAUGAAGAUUCUUUCCAGCAGUUCGAUGAGGACAAAGUCUCAACCAUAUUCAAGCAGGACGUGUCGCUUGCUGGCGACGAUUUCGAUGAUUUGAUUUGCAAGGUAGCCUGGAUGGUAUCAUAA